AUCAGUUCAUCCGAAACCGUAACGGCGCACAGACAUUGUGAAGAAGUGAAUGGUGCGAAACCGAUUAGUUUGACCAAAGUGAAUCUUCGCGAGUUAAUUUGUGCUGUGAUGACCUUUCGGUAGUACCUCUUGAGAACUCAAACACCAGUCAAGGAUUUAAAAAAAAAUCUAAUAUCAGUGAAUCCCAAAACCAAAUCAAUUUGUACCUGAUCACCCUCCACGUAAAUUUUAGUUCUAGGUUUUUUACAUGUUGUCCCAGGUUUUUAAAAUCUAAUCAACGAGCAAAAUGAUGCCUUUUCACCUGCUUUUCAUCACCUUCACCAUGAUUUAUGCUGCAAAUAUACCACCUGCGGCAGUCUUUGAGGACAACGACAGCAUCUCAGCACCAAAUGACUUUAUGUUUGGUCGAUCUGACUCCAACGAGUAUUUGCAGAAAUAUUUAACAAGGGACAAAUAUUCCAAACAACUUGAACCAUCGAUGGAUACAUACGUUGCAGCUUACAGGAAAUACCAUGAAAAGUAUCAAACUGCUGAGGAGAAGAGUAGCGACAUAAUUAAUCGAGAAAACCAGAAUUCUAUCGAUCAUAAAGUUGUUAAGAGAUCUGCCCCAACCAAUCCACCCACCCCACCCAGAGAGAUGUUCAAGUUUGAAUUGAGCGAUGCCAAAGUUCCGGAUUUCAUGACAAAGACUCUUAUGCCAACGAAAUUCCCUCCGCAGGUUGCAGAUGCUGUUUACGAUGCUACAACUCAAGCCACAGAACCCGAUGCUAAGGCAUCAGGAUCCAGGAUAAUCAAAAUCGUUCAUCCGAUUUCGACCAAACAUGCUAGGCCGGGUCGUGGAGUCUCCUUGGAGGGCUUCACUGCUCCUGUAUCCAAGGCUUCCUUCAAGCUUUACCUUUCCGAUAAGCACAAUCCCGUUUCGUACAAAGGACUCUUCAAUCCAGUUUCAACUCGGACGAGAUAUGCCACGAAUUACAAGAACUUUUCCCAAGCAGACAAGGUGACGUCGGUGGGCAGUGGACAGAAUUUAGUAGGACCUCUUCAGACACCAGGAUUGAUGGAAUACAGUGGAAAGAACUGGUUUACCGUUCAGGAUUUGACAAAAGCAAAGCGUCCUCAAGCUCGUCCUGUGGUUCAGUAUGUUCAAACGGUCAAGAAACCUCCUCAAUUCGGCUACACAAUCCCGACAGUUAAAGAUUACUCAUCAUUGUCAAGUCCUCUUUCCGUCAACUCUUUCGCGGUUGAGAAACCGAAGACGUACACACCAAUCCAUGAAGGUACCACUGCCAGUGAAGGUAACAAAUUCGGUGAACCCUUCAGGUCAUCAUUAUUGGACCCAACGUUCUCCGUGGACGGUGAAAGUUUGGCAGCCCUAACGGCUCUAAUUGGAAAGGCUCCCACAAUUCAGCUGAAGGAGUUUGAUGAGCUGCUGAAAAAAGACAAGGUAACCCGACCGCAGGACUCAACAUCGCCAAUACUCUUUCAUCCCACCACUGAGACGAAUUUCGGGGCAUCUACUGUCCCAUCAACCACCCCAACGAGUGUGGACUACUACCCAGAAUCACCAGUUGUUCGUCUGAAUUUUGAGGACAUCACGAGAUUCUAUGGAGGAGGACAUUUACCCACCCCUUUUGCUCCAUCAGAUGACCACAAACCCAUUUUCGAGACAGUGACUGAACGCCCAUUGCGUCCUACACCACCGCCUAUCCUCAUUUCACCGGCAGCUGUGACUGUGAGGACUCCGGAGGAUGUGUUGCAGAUUCCGCAGGAAUUUCAAGCAUCCGCCCUCGUGGACCAGGGAGACUCUGAGGAGGACAAGCAUGCAUCUGGCUACGCUUUUGGCUACCGCGUUCGGGAUUUUCACACUGGCAAUGACUACGGCCAUACGCAGAAUCGUGACCUGGACGGGGUCACGAGAGGUCAGUACCACAUCCUUCUGCCCGACGGACGGGUCCAGAAUGUCCGCUAUACCGCCGAUGAUGAUGGAUUUCACGCACAAAUUACAUACGAUUCCAUUCAUGCUCCCAAGAAGUGAGCUCUCACCUGAAUGUGGGUCAAUGAUGGGUUAACAGGUGUGCAGAGUUUCAUGUGCCUCUGCACAGAUGGUGCCACAAUCAACAAAGGAAAUUGUAUUUCUUUGUGUCUCCACUUAUAUUCACCAUUCUUGUCAUGUUAUUUUUUUAAAUUAUUAACGUCUCACACUGGAAUCAACUCCGGACCCAUGCCAUCAAACCUUAGCCUUUAGGACACUGUGCAAUUUUUUUUUUUAAUUUUUAAAGCCAUUUUUAUGUAGCUUAAGUGUUAUUUGAAUUAUACUAAAGAUGUUGUGCAAUUUUAGGAGAUAUAUUUGCUAAAAAUCUCUCAUAAAGUUAGAGCUUCAAGCCAAUAAAUGAUGUAUUAAAGCGGGAGGGAAAAUUUACUAUUUUACGCAUUUUAUUUGGAUUUUUACAUAUUACUGAGAUAUGAGAGAAAACCAUUUGAAAUAAUUAUAGUUUUUCUGUAAUAAAGAUAAGUCAUUAAAUCACUAUGAAAAAUU